AUGUGCAGUAUAUUAUUGGUUAUUUGUUUAUUUAGUGGGAUAAUAUGGAAUUUCGCAGUUUCAGAAGUACAAUUUAGUAUAGAAGAACUUAAUGACAAUUCCUUAUCAUGUAAACAAACUCAAGAGAAGCCAGGGGAGACUAUUGCACUAGAAAACGAUUACAUAAAACUCAGUGUAACGUUUGAGGGGCGCAAGCCAAAUAACUCUCCCGGUAUUAACUCUUUCCAAUGUUUUAAGAAUGAUGACCCAACCUCUGUUUUUGUUCAAAAUCCAGAGAAAUCACCAAGAAAUUCAGUUACUAGCAUAAAAGCAACCAAAAAAAUGUCGAGUCUUUGGAAAUGCAGGAUUUUGACAAAUGAAGGUAUCGGUAUAAAACCAGUAACGUAUGACAAGGAACAGAAAAAAAAUUUCACAGAAUUAUUUUGUCAUGUUAAUGUGCAUGUAAGAUUGUUAGAGACUCCUCAAACAGUUCUUGUAAAUAAUAUGAUAUUACCAACUGAGCGAAUGGAUUAUACAGAGGAAGACGUUGACCGUUAUGCUGUAUACAAUUAUUUAAAUGGUGAUGAAGUAACGGUGGCGUGUAUCCUAGGGAGUAACAUACUUAAAGAAGAUACCGUGCCUCCGUACACAAUUGAAUUUCAAUACAAUUAUGCUGAAAAUUUGGAUAACAUGUUUAAAGAACUUAAAACGACUCGCACUACCCUUGGUUACGGCUUCCGUACUAAGCUACAAGCUCAGCACCAUAACACCGUAAUGAUUUGUAAAUGUCAAGGACAAAAUAAUCAUACCACAAUCAAAGUAACGUUUGUUCAACAACAGAAGAUUGAAAGUAACGGAUAUAUUACAGUCAAUGGGUUAAUAGCAAGGCCAAUUCAAGGCACCAAGAAUGAUAAUAAUUUUACAUUUAAUUACCUGUUCUUCAAAGAUGAACAUGUAGAGAUAGUUUGUAAAAGCCACCACGGUUUCUCAGCUGCUGGCAAGCAGGAGGAAUGCAAAACUGGUAACCAAACAUAUACACGGUAUCCUAAGACUCCGUUCGAAUACAAGUGUCUUCUGUGUGAUGAUAAGGACGUUUUAGCUAACGAAAUCAACGUUAUUACCAAAAGUUUUGCUCCGAAUUUUAAAGAAAACAAAAGACUCGAUGUGGAUUUACCCAGGGAUAACAUCUUAUUAGAAUUAUUUAACUAUAAGGAAAUGGAUCGACACUCUUGGAUUUACUAUGAAUUUGAGGAAGGCAAGAAGGUGGAAUUAAAAUGUAUAUACUCUAAGGAUGAAAACUCUAAGGCUGAAAUGGUUGUUAAAUAUUUUUUCAAUAAAAAAGAAUUUAAAGAAAGUAAACAAGUAACACUGACAUCUGAGGAUGACAAUAAAUAUUUUGAAUGUCUGCUAAUGGAAGCAAUGGACCCACAUGACUACAGUCCCAUGAUUUAUAAGAAUAUUACGGUUUUAUUUCGAAAGAGACCUGUGGUCACCAUAACUACGCCUUCAACCAGCAGUACUAGCGAGAUAGAACCUAAAAUCAUGGAGGGACUCCAGUUGAAUAGCACCGCAGAACUACAUUUACGAUUAGAUGAAUUCGACUUCUCUAUAUGGGCUAUCGCAGCGGGAGCAUUAUUGGUGUGCAUUGUAAUCAGCUGUGUGGUCGUCGCCAUAUGGAAGAUGAGGAAACGAAGCCAAAGGGGAGACUCAGGUGCCAAUAAUUAUGAGAACCUGCAAAAUCAGAACUCCCAAACCUCAAUACCUCCUUACCCAGAACAGUGGUCGCACAAAGAUGAACAGAACUACCACGUACCAAUGGACAUUAGAAACGACAGCAACAUAUAUGCAGAACCUGUUCGAGGGCCAGAGGACCCUUAUGCUACCCCUAUACCAAAAAGCCAAAGACCUCCCAAAGAUAAUCAAUAUGACUCAGGACCCACCUACGCUGAACUUAAUAUUGGCAGUGGGAGUAAGACCUCGUUGAGUAAUUUUAGUGAGCCGCAGUACUCCAGCGUGAAGGAACUCUACACCCAAGUUGUACCUAAGAAUUUGAAGCCAAACAGUAAAACGAAUUACGAUAAUGUGUUUCCUGACUCCCGUUACGUUAAUAGUAAAAAUUCUGAAUAUGUAGAACCUACUUAUUGCCAGGCGUAUAAAAAGUAA